CGAAAGCCACGUAGAAAGUUCUCAAGGGGAAAAGUGCAAGGUUUUCAGCCUUUCCAGGAGGGCGUUGUCAAAAUCUUAGUGACACAAGCGUGAUCGCACUUUGUAUGUAGCUCAGCGCUGUGGUCUACCUCUGUUGGGAAAUCGCAGCAUUGCAUUUGCCUUCCCUUCCAUGAAAGCAACCUUGCUUGCUCGUCUCGCCAGCAGCAAGAUCCUGUCCACCCGGAGUUUCUGUCAAGCAGGCCCGUGCCCAAGCUUUUUUGCUUUCUGGCAGAGCGAAGUCCGGCCUUUGUCUGUGGCUGCAAGCAUGCCGCGCGAAGGCCCCUUCCAGGUCGAUGGGAAAGAGGAGAAGAAAGAAUGUGGAAAAGCGUAUGAUUAUGACUUUUUUGUCAUUGGCAUAGGCAGCGGCGGUGUGAGAGCUGCAAGGAUGGCCGCAAGCUAUGGAGCGAAGGUCGCUGCUGCAGAAUUGCCGUUCAACCCCGUUAGUUCCGAGACUGAAGGCGGCGUUGGUGGCACAUGCGUGCUGCGUGGAUGCGUGCCUAAGAAGAUUCUGAUGUAUGGGUCGGCCUUCAGCGCAGAAAUGCAGGAGGCGCGUGGUUUUGGCUGGGGCAUCCCAGAGGAUAUCCAGUGCAACUGGGAGCAUCUUCUGAAAGAAAAGACCCGGGAGAUUACCCGGCUGAACGCCGUCUACAAGAAGCUCCUAACCAAUGUAAAGACGUUCGAGGGGCGGGCGAGCCUACUCGACAAGCACACCGUUCAAGUGGAGGACGUUUCCUCAGGGGAGAAGCAGUCUGUGACUUCCAAGUACGUCCUGGUGGCCACGGGGGCCCGCGCCGUCUUUAUCGACAUUCCGGGCAAGGAAUACGGCAUCACUUCUGACGAGGCGCUGAGCCUGGCGGAACUCCCGAAGAAGGCGGUCGUCAUCGGGGGAGGUUACAUCGCGGUGGAAUUCGCGGGCAUCUGGAGCGGCUUAGGGUUAGAGGUGGACCUCAUUUACCGGCAGCCGCACCCGCUGCGCGGCUUCGACAUGGAGAUGCGCGAGACGGUGUCAAGGAACCUGAAGAACAGGGGGAUCCGGCUGCACGGGGACACGAACCCAACGAAGAUUGAGAAGCUGGGCCACGAGCGUUACGUAGUGCAUACGGACAAGGGCGACAAGAUCGAGACGGGCGUCGUGCUGUUCGCUACAGGACGUCUGCCCAAGACGCACGGGCUUGGCCUAGACAAGCUAGGGGUUGAGCUGGGCAAGAAGGGCGAGGUCAUCGUCGACGAGUACUCCAAGUCGAGCGUGGAUAACAUCUACGCCGUUGGUGACGUCACGAACAGGAUCGCCCUGACACCUGUCGCGCUCAUGGAGGGACACGCGGUCGCGAAAACGCUGUUCAACAACGAGCCGACGCCUGGCGACCACAGGAACGUUGCAUCCGCGGUCUUCUGCCAACCGCCGCUGUCGGUGGUGGGUCUUUCCGAGGACGAGGCGGUGGAGAAGUGCGAGAACGAGGUCCUCGUGUUCACGUCCACCUUCAAUCCCAUGAAGUACACCAUCUCCGGGCGGCAGGAGAAGGCCUUGAUGAAGCUGAUUGUGGACGAGAAGACGGACAAGAUCCUGGGCGCCGGGAUGGUCGGGCCGGACGCCGCUGAGAUCAUCCAGGGGAUCGCAAUCGCGAUAAAGGCGGGGGCGACCAAGAAGCACUUCGAUACAACGAUUGGGAUUCACCCCUCUACUGCGGAGGAGUUCGUGACAAUGCGGACGCCUACGCGCCGACACCCGCCCAAGCAUGAGAGGAAUAAAGAUGACGCACAGAAAUGAAAAGGCGAGCAAGAUUGAGGCUGGAGUCUUUGGGGAUGGCAGAUUGCAUUUCUUAAAAGGGAUGUAGCACUUGCUUAGGAUCUUACAGAGCAGAUUUCAGUUUCUCCAAUUCAAGAAUUGAUUCAAUGAAAGGACGGACACCUGUAGACCUUGUACAGCUAAAUUGCUGGCCGCACCUGGACCGCAUGACCAUAUGCUAAGAACGGGCGGCUCAAUCUGUACGUACUAGUUCUGGAAAGCCGGUUGUUUCAAUCCGAUGCCGGCAUUAGUUUGUCUUUGAAUCACGCGUUACGCGGUGAACUCAAUUACAUUGUGGCACUCAUCCAGAUUUACUAUCUUACAAAAUGCUGCCUAAAAUUACCGUACACGGACACAGC